AGAGAAGCGUUAUCCACGUCAGCGUCAUUGCGUCACGAGCUCAUUCAUCCUCGCGCUGCUGCAUGUAGCUGUUCUAAUCUGUCCUGUAGCGUGUCUAUCAGCCUCCUCCCUCCUGCCGCUAUCUCCUCUAUCUUCUCUAUCUUUAGCUCUGUACAACGCGGGCACCGGUUUAACGCUCUUCUUGAGUUAAAGCUUGCAUCUUUAUUCGGGCCGGUUUGUCUCUGUCGGUCGUGUACGACCCACACAGAUGUGAGAAUGACACUCCGGAGCUCUCAUCUGGUAUCCUGGACUUGAGAAGCGCGGUGAAGGAUGUUGUUUUGCCCGAGCCGGAGCGCACGGCGAGCCCGGGCCUCCCUCAUUCUGCCCGGGGUGUUGAUCUGCGUAAGCCUCGCCGCCGUCGGUGCGACAGUGCCUGCAAACAAGUGCCCCGAUCACAUAGACUGUGCCAGAAAGGGGCGGCACUUCUGCAAGCCCGGCUCCUCCUGCUGUGGCCCCUGCCUCACCCCAUUGGAGGAAGAUGAAGCAGGACGUUGUGUUUCUCACCGUACACACUUUCCCCGGGACCACCAUCACGGUAUUUCCACGGCCUCCCAUCCUGUCGUUGAUGAAGAAAUCGACUAUCUGUCCUCUGUCAUUGCCAAGCAGCAAAUGUUACAAGUCAAAGAGCCAGACUCUCGCUCUCAGUCUUCUCCGCAAUCUCAGUCAGAAUCGAAGCAGAAGAGUCUGUACAAAGCCACAACUGUGGAACCAGCGACCAGUGGCCCUUUGAUGCCAACGCACCAGACCCCUAAAUCUCCCACACCAGUCACAAACUCAUCGGACCGCCACGGGCCGAUCAUCUCCCCCCACUCUUCCAGGGACAGCCUGCUAGUCUUGAUGAUAUCUUUAUGCAUCAUCAUGGGAUCCAUGGCGCUCAUCAUCGCUGCCGUCUGCUGGAUCAGGGUACAGAGAGAAACUCGUCUGGCUCAGAAAGUUGAUUACCCUGCCUUUCAUGCUGCAGGCCCUAAUAAUAAUCAUACUUCAUCUGGGGAUGCAAAUCUGGCUCACAGUGCUCAGAUGUAUCACUACCAGCAUCAGAAACAACAGAUGCUUUCAAUGGACAAACAUAAAGCAGAACCUAAAGUCUCCGAGUCCGGGGCCACAUCAGAUGAGGAGAAUGAAGUGGGAGAUUUCACUGUGUACGAGUGCCCUGGACUGGCACCGACUGGAGAGAUGGAAGUGAAAAACCCACUGUUUGACGACUCCACGUUGCACUCCCAGAGAAAUGGACACUCCCACAACUGACCUAGACACACACACACACACACACACACACACCUGCAUACAUUUAGAAUAGGUCUAACACUGCAUCCGUUACACCACACACAAAUGAAAAAAUUGACUGUUUUUUCUGGAAAAUCUCAGAACAAAGUGAGAAAAACACCCAAACUUAAGAUACUGAAGAAGAUGGUAUGUAGUCAACCGGGUAAAUAAAAGUAAAAUACACAAGCA